AUCCUCCGCUCCCGAUCUAGCUCCAGCUACACGGACUACUCCAGCAGCCCGGCCGGCUCCCCCGGACACGACUCCUUCUACACGGAGACCCCCAACCCCGGCAUCUCCUACCAGGGCAGUUUUGAGGAUGACGAUGAUGAUGAUUGGGAUGACUGGGACGAUGCUUGCACGGUGGUGGAGGAGCCCCGGAGCGCGCCGGGCACCAACGGGCACCCUUCGCCCAACCUGCAGUACCCGGCGGCGUACGGCCACCACCAGUACGCCGGUUACCGUCCCAAACCGGCGUUGGAGAGGCAGGACAGCAUGAGCUCCUCCAAGAGGGGGAGCGUGGUGGGGAGGAACCUCCACCUCCCUCCGGGGGUGGAAGCCUUCAUCCUGGGCGACGUGCCCCUGAUGUCCAAGAUCGCCGAGGCGUACUGCAUCGAGAUGGGCUCCAAAGGACCCCAGUGGAGGGCGAACCCCCACCCCUUCAUCUGCUCCGUGGAGGACCCGACCAAGCAAACCAAGUUCAAGGGCAUCAAGAGCUACAUCUCCUACAAGCUGACCCCCAGCAACAUCAACUCGCCCGUCUACCGGCGGUACAAGCACUUUGACUGGCUCUACAACCGCCUCCUGCACAAGUUCACGGUCAUCUCGGUGCCCCACCUGCCCGAGAAGCAGGCCACCGGGCGCUUCGAGGAGGACUUCAUCGAGAAGCGCAAGCGGCGGCUGAUCCUCUGGAUGGACAUACAUAUGACCAGCCCCCCCGUCCUCUCCCAGUACGAGGGCUUCCAGCACUUCCUCUGCUGCCGCGACGAGAAGCAGUGGAAGCUGGGCAAACGCCGGGCGGAGAAGGACGAGAUGGUGGGCGCCAGCUUCCUCCUCACCAUCCAGAUCCCCACGGAGCACCAGGACCUGCAGGAUGUGGAGGACCGAGUGGAUGCCUUCAAGGCCUUCAGCAAGAAGAUGGAUGACAGCGUCCUGCAGCUGACCAACGUGGCCUCGGAGCUGGUGCGCAAGCACGUGGGGGGCUUCCGGAAGGGGUUCCAGAAGCUGGGCAAUGGUUAAACCUUCCACAUGGACCCCCCCUACAGCUCAGACGCCCUCAACAACGCCAUCUCCCACACGGGCAAGACGUACGAGACCGUGGGGGAGAUGUUCGCCGAGCAGCCCAAGAACGACCUGUUCCUCAUGCUGGACACUCUCUCCUUGUACCAAGGGCUCCUCUCCAACUUCCCAGACAUCAUCCACCUCCAGAAAG